GCCCCUUGAUUAACAAACUACACUCGGUGUGUUGCCGAACAUUAAUUACCUUCUAGAUUUAAACCUUCUCAACCUUCGUAAUGGCCAAUUCAACUUCUCAGCGCCCACUAGGAGCCCAGCCAAUUCCCUCUAAGCUAUUUCGAUACAUUGUUAUAGUAUUGCUAGUCCUGACUAUCUUGGUGUGUCUAGCUGUGCUCAUCACUUGGCUAGUUAUUAAGCCCAGACGAAUUGUUUACACUGUUGAAAAAGCUUCAAUCAAACACUACAACCUAACCAAAAACCAACUCAAUGCCACCUUUGAAUUUUCCAUAGCAGCCUCUAAUCCCAGCUCUAAAAUCUCUAUAUACUAUGAUUCAAUCAAAGCAUCGGUGAAAAACAUGAAAUAUCUUGAAACAUCUAAAACCACCAUAGCUUCUGAGGUGGUUGGUCCUUUCUUUCAACCUCAUCGAAAUGUGACCACUUUGGAUCUGAAGCUCCUAGCUCAAAAUAUGCCACUAUCGGGGUCGGAUUAUAAGGACAUUACGCACGCGAGAACAUCAGAGGACAUAGAAAUAAAAGUUUCGUUAGAUGCAAGGGUAAGAUUUAAGGUGGCAAUGUUGAAAUCUCGAAAACGCACUCUGCAUAUUCGGUGCUAUCCUUUAAUAGUUUCUUUCUCUAGGCCCAAGAACUUCGACCCGAGAAACUGCACUAGUGAACGCUGAGCAUUAUUGUGGAUUCUAUUACUAUGUUUAUUUCUAGAUUGUUUUGUGAAAUGGUUUUCCAUGAUUGCCAUGAAGUCAUGCUUAAAAUAUAGUAUAUGUUUUUUCAUCCUGGAUGUGUGAGUGUGAAAAUUGUUGCAGAUUUGUAUUAAAAGAUUUCGAAUGUAACGUGACAAUUUCUCUAGGAUUU